AUUUGUUGCACAGUCUUUUACCAUCCCUCGCCGAAUGUUGAUGAGUAAAAAUUGUUUUAACACUUUAAGUAUUACGAUAGCAUUUCAGUAACAAUGGAAACCAAAGCAUUAAUAUUACCAACACCUAGUGAAAUUGAUCAAAUUUACAGCGAUUUGGGUACGUCCGAAUCAAAAAUCGAAAUCGACGUGAAGACCAUCAAGGAGUGGAUGCGAAAACAACCUCACCUUCCAAAUCCAGAUGAUGAUGAAAGGAGAAUCAAACUAUAUCUGAUUAUGUGUAAGAACAGUUUGGAAAGAGCCAAAGAAGCAUUGGAUCGGUAUUACACUAUAAAAACUUCGGCUCCAGAAUUCUACGCUGCAAGGGAUCCGACUUCACCAGAAUUAACCCAAUCAAGAGAUUUGUCUAUGUUCAUACCAUUGCCAAAAUUGACACCCGAGGGCUACAGAAUAAGCGUCAAUAUCUUUAGAACCGAUGAUACUGAACAUUUAAGCUUUAGUGAUCAAGUUAAAAUGAGUUUUAUGUCUUUUGACCUCAGAUUGUCUAAGUUAGACAUUUAUACAAAGGAAAUAUUUGUAUUCGAUGUGAACAACAUGACUAUGAAUCACAUCGCUGGCGUUCUACCACAUCUCAAGCAUUACUUUUACUGUGCAUUCGCGGCUUAUCCAAUGCGCAUACACCAAGUGCACAUAAUUAAUAUGAAAACGUACGCGACUUCAUUGAUAACUUUUGCUAAGAGUUUAUUGAAAAAAAAAAUAACCGAAAGGAUUUUUAUUCACAAAUCCAGUGAAGACCUGAAAGAAUAUAUCGAUCCUAGUGUGCUUCCACUGAACUACGGAGGGACUUACCCAAAGACUGUAGAGGAAAUAUGUGAUGGAUGGACUGAGGAAUUGAUUAAGCACCGAGAGUGGUUUAUAGACCACUCUUCAAUUGUUGUAGAUGAAAAUAAACGAGCGAAAAAAUCCAGUAUUAAGACUUUGGAUAACACACUUGAUGGUUCAUUUAGAAAAUUAGAAGUAGAUUAGUUGGUAAUUAUUUGUAUUCAGUUGAUAAUUAGCUAAGUUUGCUAAGUGCAUUAAAUGGAAAGCAUAGCAAUAUUAGGUUUAUUUGGUGAUAUCUUUAAAAAGAGUUUUUGUGUAUUGUAUUUAAAAUUUGAAAAAUUAUCUAACUUAUUUAUAUAGUAAAAAUUGUUUUUAGAAUAUAAAUAAAACACUAUAAAAAAUA